UUUUGACAUGACAGUUGAAACUGUUUUGUGUUUGAUAAUAAAUCUUUUAAAAGGCUGUAAAAUUUAUAUCAGUUUGAAUUAUUAAAAUGAAGAUUUUUGCUGCAGACGUUAACUUAAGUGAUGAAUUUGUUAAAAUUAAUGACCUUUUUAAUGCCUCUUGUGAUAUUAAAGCACAACAAGAUUGUUUGGUUAAGCUAGAUGAUCAUUUUAAACAUGACGCAUCUCUUGCAUAUAGAACAGAAGCAGGAAAUUUGUUGGCCAAGAUAUAUUUGCUUACACCUUUAAAACAUCCACUAAGGAAAACAUUACUUCGAAUGUUUGAUAAAACUACAUGUAUUGAUCUAAAUGAACCGUUGUGUUUGUAUUUGACCAUUCAAGUAAAGCAGAUUUGUGAUAAUUUGUUUCAAGAUUUAAAUGCCAUAAACAAUAUAAUCAAUAGUUUGUAUGUAGUGGUGGAGAAUGAAAACAUACUUAUUCAUGACGUAACAGAAGAUGUAUUUGUGUUUUUGAAGUACAUCAUCAAUGAUUUAUAUUGUAGGACACAAGGAAAUUCGAAUUUACCUAACUUAUUGCCUGAACAAGUAAAUAACUAUUUACAACACUUCAUUAGAAUAACUUUAGCACUGUGUCAAAAAUAUGAACCCUCUCAGGACAACAGUUGUGAAUUUUUAAUGCUUUCUUUCAAAAUUUGUAUGCAUCCUAAUGUUACAUUUGAUACAAGAGCAAAUUGUGGUCACAUCAUGCUAAUUGUCUGUAAAAACGUUACAGAAACUCUGUUUACUAAAGAAAUGAAUAAAAAUGAUAUUUGGAAAGAGUUUAUUACUCUUUUGAACAAUCAACACUCUUAUCUGAAGGACUAUUUAGAGUUUGAUAGAUAUGAAAGUAAUAAUGUUGAAGUAACAGAAAUUUUCGUUGUAUGUAUAAUGUUGGGUAUAUUAAAGACUGUUCCUCUUGAAAUACUUCAGGCACACACUAUAAAUAACUACCCUGUAAUAACAUAUUUUUUUAAUGAAUUGCUGAACAGUGUAAAGCGUUUUACAUGCAAACCAACUCAAAUUUUGGAAAUAACACAAGCAAUGCUGUUAAUGAGCAAUAGUGUACAUUAUCUGGGUCAAGAAGAGUUAAAGUUAGUGUUGGAAGAUGCGUUACCGUUUGUGUUUAGUCAUUUAAAUCAUUACAUGAACACAAUUCGCUCUAACACUACGGCAAUAUUUAUUAAUUUUAUAAAAUGUGCCAAACAACGAGAUUUAAUUGGCCUAAUUAUUGAUGAAGCUUUUAAACUGCAAAACAGCGAGAACAGUUUUUACCAAGUUUUGGAGGUACUGAGUAAAGAAAUUAGUUGUUCAAUGUUUAUCAAGAAACAUUUAAGUUUCCCCAAGUUUUUACUUUCUAAUUUAAUAAAAACGGACUUGGCCAACGAAAUUUGCGCUUGUUUCAAGAAUCUGGCGAACCUUCACUUUCACGAAGAAUCAAGAGAGAAUUGGGUGGAAUGUUGGAUCUCGGCUCUUAUAACUUUUUUAGGAAAUUGUCCAGAAGAAUGUAACAAAUAUUGUCACGAUUUAUUUAUAGAAUUGUUUAAAAUAGAUCAAACAGUUAUCAAAACUUUUUUACUUAACCAGAAGGGUUCAGAAAACGAAAUAAUAAUUUAUCUUGCUUGUUUACUACACCUACGAAAUCAUGGUAUCCCUUUACAAACAACUGAAAUUUACGGAGUAAAUUCUAACGAAACAGUUUUGUGGAGAUCUCUUGUAAACUACGAACUUUUGGAGGCUCUUAAAUUUCAUCAUAACGAUAUCAUUCGUGUUUCAGUUUUGGCGCUCGUCGUCGAAAGUCAUAAAAGUACCGAAACUUUUACACAGUGGGAAUUAGACUUUUUAAUUAGUUAUUUUCAAAAAAACACCUCCGUGCUCUCCGCCAACACUCGCCAACAAAUUAUGGCUUUAGGAAGAAAAAUGUUUGCGAGAUAUAACGAAAGUAUGAAAGUGUUAAAACGAAAUGAAGCUCAGUUAAAAAAUAAACUGAAAGGAAAGGAACAACUGGCUUUAAAACUAAAUUUAAAAAGUACACUGGAUUGUUUAGAAAGUUACGAAAAGUUUUGGUUUAAUUUGUUCUCCCAGGUGUUAUCCAUCGGUCUACAUUCGGGAGCCAAUUAUUCUAGAAGAUUUUGUUGUCUAGAAUUACUUAUUUUAUCCUCAAAAGUAGUGGACGACAAAAAAUGGAUUUCUGCAUGGCACAAAGAGAAUGUACAACAUCUAAAAGGCAUAAUUGAAACAGAUACUUAUGAAACAAAUAAAGAAAAGGCAGUAAUAUUGUCCCAAAAAAUUGGUAGCGACAGAAUGGGUUUAAAUGUGAAAACGGAGGCUGCAAUUUAUUUUAAAAAUGUUGUUAGCAAUUUAACAAGUUUAAAGCCUGCAGAUACUUUAUCAGGUUCUUAUAUGUUCGAUGUAAUUUUGGAGAGUUCCCACGUGACAGGAAUAAUAAAAGAAAAUAUGAAAAACGGAUCGGAAAAUGAAGACAAAGUAUACAUGGCUAUUUCAUUUAUUUUAGAGAAUAUUUUCGAAGCCAUCGACUUUGCUAAAAAUAAUUUAAAAAAAGCCGCAGAAACUAAACCAUUACACGGCUUAUUUUUGGCAUUAAGGCACUUAAUGAAACAUAUGGUUACUAGAGAUUUGGCAGAACCCAUAUACAGAGACAUAUUAGACAAAUGUGUAAAGGCGUGUUUUAUGGUUCUUCCAAUCAUUUUCCAAGUCGUUUGUAAUUCUUCCCCUGAAGGCUACAUUCCCGAGGACAGCUUUAGUAAAGAAGACGAAACAUGUACAGCUCAAAUGCUUCUAGUCUACACGUGGCGCGCUGCUAAAGAAACUUCACUAUUUUUGGGCGAAAUUGCUUUAAAUUUACCAAUUUGUGACUCUGACGAAUCUCCGAAUGAUGGUGUGAUAAGUGUGGAUUUAAUGCAAAGAAUUGGUGACUUCUUCGUGGAUUUUUUGAUGACAGUCAAACAUCGUGGAGCCUUUGAACAGGGCUAUAUUGGCUUCACUAAUUACUGUAAGAGACUUUGGAGAUUGCGUAAUUAUAAACUUAGGAGACUUCCGGAAAUGUAUCUCACGAAAAUAAUGAGCAGUUUACAAGGCAAAUUUGAGCACAUAAAUGCAUGCGCGACUAGAAGAAGCGCAGGACUUCCUUUCAUGGUUCAGGCGGUGUUAACGACAGAACCCAAAUUAGAAGGCAGAUUGUUUAAUCAAACCAUGAAGACCUUACUAAGCUUGGCGAAGAAUGAAGGAGACGAUAAUGUUGAACAAAAAGUUCAUUCUUUAAAUAUAUUAAAAGCCCUUUAUAAGCACAACCAAUUGGGGGAAGCAGUUACCCCGUACGUAGCCCAGGGAGUAAUGAUUGCCAUUCGUGGACUCUCAAAUUCAAGCUGGAGUAUUCGAAAUUCUGCUACAUUACUCUUUUCUUCCCUGAUGACGAGAAUGUUCGGUGUUUCGAGGAAUAAAAAGUCUAUUAGUUCUAAAAAUAAAUUAACAGGUCAUGUAUUUUUCAUGCGGUACCCUCUUCUUUACGAUUUUUUGCUGAAACAAUUGAAAAAUAGAUCAAAAGACGAGAACUGUCCCAGCUUGUAUGGGAUCCUGCUCAUUUUUGGGCACCUGUACCCUGGAAAUCGUAACAACGACUCUGAGUACAAAUUAAGUGUAUUUUUGCCUUAUGUCGAGGCGUGCUUGUCUAAUAGUGUUUAUCAAACGAGAGACUUGGCUGCUGCCGCUUCUGUCGCUAUAAUUUCUACUCAAGAUAGAGACGGCUACGUUUGGAAUAUUUUAAAGAAAUUACCAAGAAUAAAAACAGAAAAUAACAGACAUGGACUUCUUCUCCAGCUUCGAUAUUUCUUAGAAAAUGUAAAUGUUAUUCAAAAAAGCGACCUUGAUUGUUUCGUUUUUUUAUUCCAAUAUUUAGAAGAAAAUGGCAGUGAUCUAUCAAAGGCUCUGUAUCUAGAAAUACUUUUUGAAAUAUUAAAAAAAAUUAGUGAUAGUGAGAGCUACGAUAACAGUUACCUGAAAAACGUUUUCAGUUCCUUUUUAUGGAGCAAAGUACACAGAAAAGGAGCACGUGUAUUAUCAACAUCUUCCCUUAAAUACAAAAUAUAUAAUGGGGCUUUAAGCUUACUAUACAGCUCAUACGUUGCCGCAGACCCAAAAUUAUUAAUUAGGCAGUUGUUCUCCUAUUUAAUUGGCGACGACCAGGAUUUAAAAACGUUUUCGUUAAAAAUUAUAAAUUUUAUCAGCGAGUCAAAUGGGAGUAAUUUGUGCAGGACAGAAAAAGAUCUUGCUAAACAAUGUGUGAAACUGUUACCAAUUGAAUUAAUAGACGAGAUGAACGAUUUAAUAAAACGUACAUUAAAAAUUUAUCUGCUCUAUGCUUUCCGGUAUUUAAACGAGAUGGAAGACGCUGAUUUUUUAGUUUCCUACUUUACAGCCCUUCGAAGGCACGUUUUUUUGUUAAAUGAAGUUUUUAACUCUCCAAAUGACGUUAUGGAACAUCUUUUAAAACUUUGUAAAGAAUGCAAAGAUGAUUUAGUAAUUAGCAGUCUUUUAGCAGUUAUUGUGGAGUAUCUUGGAAGCUUAGAACAAAAAAGUAAACUGAACAUUACAAAGUUACUGAAUUUUUUAGAAUGCUGUGCUUCCCCUGAUGCCUCAACUGUUCUUAAGUUGUCUGUAUGCGACUUCUUUCUUGAUAAUAAAUGUUUAUUUUACCAAAAGGAUCCUCUUCUAUCAGGUUCCGAUUUAAUAAAAUGCUGGUACAUGGUCACUACAUUAACAGAAGACGACGACAGUAUGGUGCGAAAUAGAAUAUCACAUCUUGCAGCUGUUCCUUUUUCAUGUGAAUCUAUUCCUAUCAUUUUGCCCAAAUAUAAUUUGGAAACCAUACAAUCUGCAAAGGAGAAGAUAUUAGAUCAUGCUUUCUUAAUUCUCCCCGACUUGCCUCUCCUGUCGUAUCUUUUGACUUUAAUAUUCAGAAAUUCGGAAUCUGAUGUGACUGAAGACUGCGAAACGUCUGAUGUUUUUGAUAAGGGUUUGAGUAAUAUACAUUCCGAAAUAUUAUUAACUUCUUAUCAGGCUCGAAAUAUGUUAAAAAAACUUCUCUUAUGCAAAGAACAAGCUAUAAAAAAUUCCGGGGAGCUAUUAAAUGUUAUAUCAAAACUAUCUGUUGCAUUUGAUGAUGCGAUUAUAUCCAGAGAAAUUAAAAAUCAUUCUUAUUAUGUUUCGAAAACAUUUACACGCAUUCUGGGUGAAAAUAACAACAAUUUUUUAAAUAAAUGUCAGGCUGUUAUUGAAAACUUAGAAAAUAGUAACUUAAAAGAAUUUUUUGGUUUUAUUAUGAGCUAAUUAUAAAUUACAUUUGAUUCGUAUUUUGAUGAUUUAAAAAAGAUUUUUAGUACAAUAAAUGUUUACAAAUUGA